AGGAGCUGAGCCCGUCCAGGAGAGCAGACGAUAGGUGCACCGGGCACGAUCGGGUCCUACAACAGGCUAAGAGGGACCGGAAUGGUGUUUUAGAUAUGUAAUAGAAACUGAAGAUGCCUGAAAAGUGGAGAUUCAAAUGGCUGGGACAAUAUGAGGAGAAUGCUGAGAGAUUUUGUAGGAAUGAGAAGACACCGCCCCUUCCAGGGUCUAAACGACGCCCACCACACACCGUACAAGCGGUUCAGGAGGCGGAUCACUCAGAGGAGCAGCAGUGAGGGUCCUGCUGCGAGUACACCGCUGGUCACUGGGCGGCAGUGUGAGCCAGGCUUUGAGUUUGAUGCAGUCUGUCAGAGACUAGAGCUGGAUUCUCCAUCGAGACACCAUGAACCAGAAGAGAGAGACCUACACGGAAACCGUCAAGAGACAGCAUUGGCAGGAGGUGUUUCCCACUGUGGAGCUGCUACAUCACCAUGCACCAUUUCUGCCAGGGGAAGCCAUGCAACAGAAAAUGCCCCAGAACAGGGAUGGGUGUGGAGAGCUGGAGUCCAAGAACAUGGAAAUGCCCCACAGUCUGGUUCUGAUGGCAGAGGACAUGACUUACAUCCAUUUGCUGCUCUGGACAAAGCUUCUGUGGGUCUGCCAGGAAAGCCACUGAUGAAGCUGGCGGCACCGUCACUGCUGAACGACUACUACACUAAUCUUCUCGACUGCAGUUGUAAUGGUAUGAUCGCAUUAGCACUGGGCUCUUCUGUUUACAUUUGGAAUUCAGAAAGUCGUGCUCCAGUGGGAUAUCUGAGUCCAAGUCCACAACCAGGAGGGCUAUACUGUCAGACUCCAUCCGUCUCAUUUCUGUGCUGGAGCAGAGAUGGGAGAGCUCUCUGCAUUGGGACCAGGUCGGGGGAGAUACAGUUGUGGGAUGUUGACCACGAGAAAAAUGUGAGGUGUCUGCCAUCACACCUGUCUGUGGUCAGAGCUCUUUCUUGGAAACAGCAGUUACUCAGCAGCGGCUGUGUUCUCGGGCAUAUCCACCACCUUGACACUCGUGUUCCCACACCUCUGGUGGGCGCAGCCGUCCAUGAGGAGGGGAUCUGCAGCCUUCAGUGGUCACCAGGAGAUGACUGGCUGGCCAGCGGCUCCACAGGGGGCCAUCUCUGUAUAUGGGAUAGUGAUGUCGCAGGGCCCACAAGGUCACGCAAGCCAAUCACUACAAUGAAACAGCCCAGCACCGUUAAGGCGAUGGCAUGGUGUCCAUGGCAGAGAAAGAUGAUUGCUACAGGAGGGGGAUGGAAAGAUGGAGAGCUGAGAAUCUGGGACACAGAGCCGGGGACUUGUGUGACUUCUGCUGACACAAAUUCACAGAUAUGUUCCCUUCGAUGGGCUAAAGAGAGACGAUAUCUGGUCACAGGUCAUGGCCUUCCACAUCACCAAGUCACCUGCUGGACCUGGGAGUUUCCCUCCCUGAGCCCCAUCUACCAGCUUACAGGUCAUUCUCAUCGAAUCCUACACUUGGCCCUAAACCCCGACAGUACUCAAAUUUUCUCUGCUGGAGCGGACCAGUGCCUUCACAUCUGGGACAUGUAAUUAUCAACAUCACUAAUCAUAGACAGUGACUGUUGUUGGGGUCUGGUCAGAUCUAUGUAAAACUUGCGGCUCACUUUCUUGGUAGAGUGAUAGUGUAGAGAAUGCACAUUUCCUGAUCUCUGCCCUGAACUAACCACAAAUACAAAGCAAAGUACGAUUACCAUAUACAAACGUAUCACCCUAAAAUACUUCAUGCACCACGAAUAUCAGUUUCUUGUAGGGCAAAAUAACACAUUAAGAAUGUUUUACUUUUUGAUGGUUGAGGUAUGGAUAACAGGGCAUUCAUGUGAAAAUAGAAAAGAAAAUACCUCAAAUAACAGACACAAAGUUAUCCUCUUAUCACACACCAACAAGACUAGAAAAACAACAUAACAUCCGGUGGUAAGAUGACAUAGCUCUAUUACGCAAACAAAUACGUCUAGUUGUCAGACAAGAAGGCAAGUCUAUAAAAAUGUGUUUUAAGGCAUGAUUUAAAAGCUGAGACAGUGCCAGUAGAACAAAUACUAACCGGUGGACAGCUCUAAAGUCCAGGUGCCAGCACAGGAAAAACUUGAUCAUCUCUUGACUUUAACCUGACUUCAAGCUGCCUUUUUCCUCUGAUGUGAAAGCCUUGUAUACACCUUAGAUACUGAACAGGAUUUUAAAACAAAUUCUAGGGUUCCAUGAAAAGAAGCUAGACUUUGUGUUUAGGCUCAGGAGAAUGUUUUCAUGCAAUUUUUCAUUGUUGUUGAAGCUAUCACUUUGCUCACUACGAAAUCAAAUACUGUGCACAUGCGACUAAUUACCAUUUAAUUAUUUAUUUAUGUAAUUUCUCUGAUCUUUGGUUUCAUGUAUGUUAUCCCCCUUGUCUCAGCUCCUGAGAUAUGUAACCCAAUAAACACUGAU